AAUUUUAUCCGAAUUAUAUCCGUACUGAAUUUUUGCCGAAUCUGAAUUUAGUAACUAUGGUCUUCGUAACUAAGUGAAUAUAUCCAGCAUUAAUUCGUUAUUUUUACUUUAAAUAGCAUAUUUGUACUAGGACGAAAAAAUCAACUCCUUUAUUUCUUACUUAUGCAGUUUCCCGAUCCUAAAUAAAUUAAGAAAUUAGUUCUCUUUAGGAGCAAGCAUCCUACCAGGACUCAAAAAGAUAGCCAGACAAAUUUUACUAAGAUAAGAUAUAGAAUUAGAUAUAAGAGUUCUAAAUAGUACUUAAGAAGCCAAUUGAAAAGAUAACAACAUUGUUCAUUAGCAAAACAAGCUUAAGUAAACUAAUUGAUUUGCACAUUUAACUAAUUGAUAUUGAAAAUCUUUUCACAUUAAUUAAGUAACACACAUGUAAUUAUAGGCGAUCAUUUGCUCCUUUUAUUCUGUAUCAUUCUUGAUCAAUGCUAGCUGGCUUUUUCACAAUUGAUUGAAAUAGUUGUUUUGCUUUUAACUUCUCAAACUUUUUUUCUUUCUUUUCUCAGUGCGUGUUAUAUACAUUCUCCACGACCAAAUCUAUAUGAUUGAGCUACGUACCUUCUUGCGCUAAUGCAAUGAUGAUUGAAGGUGGAUGCUGUAAUUCUCAGCUCUUAAAAAUAGUUAUACAUGAGAGCGAACCGAGAGAGGAAUCAUUCAGGAUAAAAGAUGGGGAAACUAACUUAAGCAGGAUUUUCAAAGUUCCGGAUCAAAUUAUCCGUGAGGUCGGUUUACUCUCCUUCCAGCCAAAAAUUCUAUCUAUUGGUCCAUAUCACCAUGGAUCUUCACAUUUAAGUGGCAUGGAAAUGGUGAAGUUGAUUUGUCAACGUUCCAUCCUCGGUUUGAUUAGUGAGAACUACUACGAUAGAGACGAAAUCAAGGGAAUAGAGAAGAAAGCAAGAAGCUUUUACGGUGAGAAUAUCACAAUGGAACCGAACAAGUUUGCUGAGAUGCUCUUGCUCGACGGAUGCUUCAUACUUGCUGCUCUCACAGGGAUGAAAGGCAAGGAGGCUGUUGAAAAUGUAUCCAGUGAAACAAGCCUGGGUGAUCUUAAACAGCACGAAGCGUUGAAUAGGCAUGACAUAGUGCAUGACCUACUUCUGGAAGAGAAUCAAAUUCCUUUCUUUGUCCUCGAGGAAAUACAUAAGCUAGCUGCAGGCAAAGGAGAAACAACAGAAUCACUUAAAGAAAAGAUUGCUACCUAUGUGAAAGGUGUGCUACGCUACUACCCAACAGCGAUCGAAAUCUCUGAGAUCCGUUGGAAAGAUUUUCACCAUCUGCUACACUUGUGCCACAUUUUCUUUCGACCGAGUCAAAAACCAGUGAAACACAACCACAAUCAAGCUAUGAUUCAAUGCUCGGACUGUUUUCCGCGCUCGCACCACAUGACGAACCAGUGGCGCCGAGCAGUACACUACCACAAAGCAGGAGUGAAAUUCAAAGUAAAAGAGUCAAGAACUCCCCAUUCUCUCUUGGACGUAACAUUCAGCAAUGGAAUAAUGAGAAUUCCACAUUUGUCUAUUGAUGCGAAGACAGAAUCUAUCUUCAGUAACCUUAUCAUGUUUGAACGGGGAUGCCCUCACGUCGGGAAAUAUAUAAAUGCAUACGUCACAUUCAUGUCGCAGCUUCUCAGCGAUGCCGAUGAUGUUGAAUUACUUGUUCGGAGAGGAAUCAUUGAGAUACUCGGUCGCGAGGAAGAGAUUUUAAAUGUUUUCAGCAGGCUUAAUGGAUUAGCUGUUUUCGAUCCCCAUGGGGAGGACUACUAUUUGAAAUCGAUGCUUCAGUCGAUAGAAGAUUACUACCGUUGCCGUCGUAAUCGGUGGAUGGCGUGGUCGAAGCACUACCUAGUACUGUAGAAAUCCUUGCUUGGCCUUAGCAGCAUUAUUAGGUUUUUUAGAUCUCUUUAGCACUAUAAUUCUGAGGCCGUUUGCUGUUCUGUCAUAUUUCAAAUUAGCGACAUUAACCUCUUUGAUAUGCAGUUUCAUGGAUGGUAAUGUUUCUUCAAUGUAAUUUCUCUGUCUUUGUUUUGAACGUAUCUAUUUUCUGCUUACAUUUAUUAAUGUUAUGCAUGUGUCAA